GCCCUUGAGAUCAGUUCCAUCAUGUCGUUGUCACCGUCCAGCGGUAAACACGCGCUUAGAUCAAUAUCAAACCCGAGCGCCUGACGUCUUUUCUGCCUUUUCCCCCUGUAAAAGGGAUAAAUAAGUCCGUGCAGAUAUGAGUGGCCAGGGGGAAGCUGUCCAGAUAGUAGAUGAUGGCAAUCAUAACAAUGAGGUGCUGGUCGUCCUUGAACUUACGCCAAAUGCCCCACCCGGAACCAGAGACUGGCUCAUUAAACUCAUUAGAGCGCCAGUUGCCAGUGGUGGGGCAGGUUUAGAAUGCAUCUUAGAGCCAGACUCUGUCAAAAAAUGUGAUGCCCUCCAUGUCUGGGCAUCAACAAGGCGUCUUCUCCUUGGCGCGGAAAAACUCAAGAUGCGGAAAAAGCACAAGUCAGGGGCAAUGGUGGACUUCUGCUUGAACUUCAGCCAGGAGUUUGAUGAUUUUACUGGAGAUGGUCAGGGAUAUUUGACAACUGCUGAAUGUCAGAGAGUUGUCUACUCUGCACUGAAUGCCUUAAAGAGCUACACUGAUAUCACUGUACCUGGAUACAGCGGGAUUCACAUAUUCAAGAAUAGGGCCAUAGUGCCCAAGUUGGUUUCCAAAGGCGUGGUCAGCUCUAUCUACCCCCUCCAUGAGGCGCAGAAGCUGAAACUUCUUGAGAAGAAGUGGUUUCUCAACGUGUCGGCUAAACUUCCAUUAGAUGACAUAAAGGAGUAUUUUGGUGAGACUAUGGCGAUGUACUUUGCAUUCCUUCAAUUCUACUCCAUGACCCUUAUCCCUCCAGUUCUUUUGAUUGUUGUCUUUGCGUUGUCCAACGCUCAUGACCAGACAAAAAACACAGUCUUUGCAGUACUGAACUUGUUAUGGGCCACAAUAUUUCUGGAGGCCUGGAAGCGGCGCUGCUCUGAAAUGUCCUUCAAGUGGGGCACACUGAAGGGGGGAAUAGGGACUGAAGAAGUUGAGGAACCACGCCCUAAUUAUUGGGGUCCCUUGAGAAUAAGCCCCAUAACAGGCCACCAAGAGCAGUAUUACUCCCCCCUCAAGCGCAAGCUCAAGACCUACGGCAUAUCCUACCCCAUCGUUCUCCUCUGCAUGAAGGUGGCAACUGUUGUCAUGUUGCUCUACUUCAAGCUUCAGUUCUACAUGGAAGAAAAGUAUGGUAAAGAUGACAGCAUUAUAGCCACAGUUCUGCUGAUGAUACCAAGUGUAUCUUAUAGUGUGAUGAUUGCUGUGCUUAAUAACAUUUACCAUCGAAUUGCUCUGUGGUUAACAGAAUGGGAAAAUCAUCGUCUCGAAUCUUCAUACAACAACCACUUGAUUGUCAAACUAGUUUUGUUCUAUUUUGUCAACUGUUUCUAUUCGCUGUUCUACAUCGCAUUCUAUCUACAAGAUAUCGCCCUUCUAAGAACUCAUCUCGCGGCACUGAUGAUUACAUCACAAGUGAUUGGUCAGAUUACAGAGUCUCUUGUGCCAUAUCUGAUGUUCCGCAGUCGAGUAACGACUUUGUCUAAAGAAGGCAAGAAAAUUGUGGUGAAAUCCGCUGACCUUACUGACAGCAUUGAGAAGCAGGGGCAACAGGAACAUUACACGGACACGUUUGGUGAUUACUUGGAGCUGUUCCUUCAGUUUGGAUACACGUUUCUCUUCUCGUCGGCGUACCCCAUGGCUGCAUUCUGGGCCCUCCUCAACAAUGUCAUCGAGAUCCGCACCGACGCCUUCAAAAUGUGUCGCAUUUUUCAGCGGCCUUUCUCACAACCCGCAUCUUCGAUAGGCGCGUGGCAGGCGGCAUUCGAGGCGAUGAGUGUCAUCGCCGUCAUCACGAACUGCGCUCUGAUCGGAAUGGCCGCCAACAGUGCCCACUGGUUACCAGACCUCUCCCCGGCUAACGCCGUCCUGAUGUUCGUUGCCAUCGAGCAUUUUCUGCUGGGGGUCAAAUUCCUGGUAGCCAUGGUGAUCCCUGACGUUCCCCAAUGGGUACAGGACGAGAUGGCUAAACAGGAUUAUCAGGCUAAACUGGCUUUGAUGGAACAUGGAAAGCGGCAUACUCCAUCCAAGGAAACAACCAUUUAAUAUCCGCCAUAUGGUCGAAGAAGUAAUCCAAAAUACCUCGGCCAUUGCUAUUUGGUAUAAGCACUAUAAUCUUAUUAAAAAAAGGUAUAGCUAGAAAGACGGUAUAAACAAAAAUGAAGGAAUGGCAAGAAAGAAGGUAAAACAAGAAAGACGGUAUAACAAAAAUGAAGGAAUGACAAGAAAGAAGGUAUAACAAGAAAGACGGUAUAACAAAAAUGAAGGUAUGACAAGAAAAAAGGUAUAGCUCAAAAAGGCGGCGUAACUAGAAAGGCGGAAUAACCAGAAAGACGGCAUAACUAAAAGGCGGCAUAGCUAAAACAAGGCGGUAUAACUAGAAAGACAGCAUUACUAGAAAGGCGGCAUAGCUAAAACAAGGUGGUAUAACUAGAAAGGCAGCAUAACUAGAAAGGCAGCAUAACUAGAAAGGCGGUAUAACUAGAUAGGCGGCAAGCCAGAAAGACCUUAUAACUAGAAAACGGUAUGACUAGUCGGCAUAGCUAGAAAGACGGUAAUAAGAAAAAGGCAUUAGGUAAGUUUGCAACCAUUUUUCUGUGUCAAGAAAGACUAUUUUUUCGUAAAUAAGAUUUAUCCAUGAAACUGUUAGUAUAUUUUACACGGUCAGUAACGAACUUUUGCUCUCUUUGUCUUCUAUUCUAUAUCACUCGGCCUUUAUUACCUCGGCCUUGUUGAUACGAACUUACUUGAAGUUCGGGUUUAGUAGUUUAAUUAGUCUCGAAUCAUCGACUAGUACAUGUAAAUAAUAAUAUUGUUAUUAAUGCAAAUUGUGCAACUAGUAAAUAAUAAACCUAAUUGGAAUUGUAAA